UUUCUUAAUUUAGAUGUCUGCACCCAGAAGCCCAAUGUCGGACAGCAUCCGAGAGAUGUAUCAGUUCGGUGUGGUCGACUAUUGUAUGUUUGGCGGUAUGCUAAUCCUGUCGGCCGCCUGCGGAAUCUAUUUUGGAUUCUUCAAACGCUUCAAAGGCAACAGCAGCAUACCUAAGACGGAAGAAGAACAGGACCAUUUACCGGCAGGAAAGCCCACGAAUACGUUCGGAUCAGCUACGAUCGAUGAGUAUCUGCUCGGGUCACGGAAGUUGAAAGCGUUCCCGGUUGCAAUGAGCUUGUGUGCGGGUUAUAUUUCCGGAGUGACAAUACUUGGAACGCCGGCCGAGAUCUACAACUUCGGGACACAAUAUUGGCUGAUCGUGGUACCGAUCUUACUGAUGGGUGUGGCGGUUUGCAGCGUGUAUCUGCCGGUGUUUUGCUCUCUAAAGUUAAACUCUUCGUACGAAUAUCUGGAGCUGCGAUUUAAUCCGUACGUGCGAUCGAUGGCUUCGGUGAUGUUUGUCAUUAAUCAGAUGCUUUUUCUACCGAUGGUGAUUUACGUUCCUGCGCUAGCUUUUAAUCAAGUAACUGGUUUUAAUUUGUACGUAAUUGGAGCGAUCGUAUGUGUUGUCUGCAUAUUUUACACACUUUUGGGAGGCAUCAAGGCGGUCGUAUUCACCGAUGCAUGGCAGGUGGUGGUGAUGUUCAUCUCCGUAGUUGUGGUCGUAGUCAUCGGUACGAUUGCUCUCGGUGGUCUGGACGUUAUCUGGGAUCGUUCGGUGAAAGGUGGACGGAUAGAUUUCUUCAACUUCACUCCUUCCAUGUACGAACGACAAACGUUCUGGGCAGUUCUUAUUGGCGGAUUCUUCUACUGGACCUCGUACAAUGCCGUCAAUCAAACGAUGGUCCAGCGUUACAUGUCGCUGCCGAACUUGAAGACAGCCAAGAAUUCCAUCUACAUGUUCGUCAUUGGAACGGCCAUCUUCAUCUCGGUUUGCUGCUACACCGGACUACUACUGUACGGCGAGUACUUCGACUGUGAUCCUGCCUCGGUAGGGCUGGUAAAAACGAGCGAUCAGCUCUUUCCUCACUACGUGAUGGAAUCGGUAGGACAUCUUAGCGGCAUGCCGGGACUGUUCAUUGCCGGUGUGUUUGGAGCAGCAUUAAGUUCCCUAUCGGUAAUUCUCAACACUACCUCAGGGGUGUUGCUGGAGGACAUACUAAAAGGUCUGUUCCGGAUUACGCCAAGCUCGUUUGUAGCUAAUUUAGUCGUUCGAGGUAGUGUGGUGGUGCUCGGGCUUGCAGCUAUGGGCUGUUUGUUCAUCGUGGACAAACUGGAUGGAAUUCUGAUCGUAUCUGCAACACUGGCUGCGAUUGGUAACGGAACUACGGGUGGUUUAUUCACCCUUGGAAUGUUGGUCCCAUGGAGCAACACAAAGGGCGCCUUGUUUGGUGGGAUAGCUGGUGCACUUCUAUCUGGUUGGAUCUCACUCGGAAGUCAAUUUGCAAGCGCUGCAGGUGAGGUUGUCCCACACAAGUUAGCGGUCUCGGUGGACGGAUGUAUGGCGGAACUCAUCACUAACGCCACGAACGUAAAUCCUAUUUAUCCUGAUGAGAGUGGUGUGUUCCCAUUGUAUCGGUUAUCGUACCACUGGAUCACUCCGAUCGGCGUAACGACAGUGGUGAUCGUUGGAUCGAUCGUGUCGUUCUUCACAGGAGCUCGAGAUCUACGUAAAAUCGAUCCAGAACUUAUCUCACCCGUUGUUCACCGAUUUUUACCUCGCGAAUGCUUCAGCUACUAUGGCACAGCGAACAAGAACCCACAGUCUUUCAGUGAAGAGAUGCAAACUCAAACAAUAAUCCCAGUUGAUGGUAAUACUAACGAGCGAAAUGAACGUGCAAGAAAUUGA